ACCGCGGCAACAACCAGGCGACUCCGCUCGGGCUUUUUUGGCAAGGCGCUCUGUUUCCAAACAAGUGCGUUUUUGGCCAGCCUGCCAGGUAGGCGGGGUGCGCUUGGAGAGGGUGGGGAGAGCGAGCUCCAGAGGCGGCGAGGAGUUUCCUGCUUGCCGAGCCGCCCAAGGGGUCGGUCGGGGAGCGCGCACGAGAGAGAGAGAGAAAAAGGCAGAGCAAGGGCGCUCGCUCGCAGCAUCAUCUCUCGCUCCCUGCUCUCCCCUCUCCGGGAAGGGAAGCAGGAAGGGGGGACCUCUUCCCUCCCCAGGAAAGGCGAAGGAGGAGGACAACAGCCAGCCGGCAGACAGACAGAAGCGCCACUGUGGUCCGGGGAUGGAGAAGGAGGCGGCCCGGGGAGCAGCCGCCGGGGACGGAUGGCUCUUUUGCGCUGCGGGCGGAGGCGCACAGCGCGCAAAGGGCGAUUUGGAGAUGGCGAGGGCCGGCGCCGCUGAAUGGCCAUUGUGAGCCGGAGCAGGCGGGCCAAGGCGCAGCCCAGAGAGGGCCAAAAGGAGGCAGGGAGGAGGAGGCGACCCGGCCGCGGGCCACUCGGCGUUGAGCUCCAGGAACAGGCGGCCAGCGCCCCUGUGCGCCCCCGCGCAACAUGAGCGGAGCCGGAGGCGGCGGAGAGGUGGUCUGCUCGGGCUGGCUGCGCAAAUCGCCGCCGGAGAAGAAGUUGAGGAGAUACGCAUGGAAGAAGCGAUGGUUCAUCCUUCGCAGUGGGCGAAUGAGUGGAGACCCCGAUGUGCUGGAGUACUACAAGAACGACCACUCCAAGAAGCCCCUGAGGGUGAUCAAUCUCAACUUCUGCGAGCAGGUGGACGCCGGCUUGACCUUCAACAAGAAGGAGCUGCAGGACAGCUAUGUCUUCGAUAUCAAGACUAGCGAGAGGACUUUUUACCUGGUGGCCGAAACAGAGGAGGAUAUGAACAAGUGGGUCCGUUGCAUUUGCCAGAUCUGUGGAUUCAACCAGUCUGAGGAGAACCCAGAUUCUCUAAGAAACAUUCCUUCGGUCAUUCACGGGCCACGUUCCUCCCCGGCUGAGCUGAGUGGCUCCAGCCAGCGGCUCCUGAGAGAACGGAAGUCGUCCGCUCCUUCACACUCCAGCCAGCCCACCCUUUUCACCUUCGAUUCACCCGCCAACCAUAUCCGGACCACGCUUUCCACCAGUGCCCCUCAAGACUAUCUCUUCCUGCACCAGUGUAUGAGCAGGAAAUCGGAGAACACCAGGAGCGCUAGUUUCUCUCAAGCCACAAGAUCCUCGUUCUUCAUGAGAAGCGACCCAUCUGUCCAGAAGCUGUCUCAGGGGAACGGGCACUGUGUCAACGGGGUGGGCGGGCAAGUCCACGGCUUCUACAGCUUGCCCAAGCCAAGCCGGCACAACUCGGAGCUCAGGGACAGUGCCUACGACCUUCCGAGGAGUUUCGGGUGCUACACGCACACCAAAUCCAGCCUCACGGGUUCCGAAACGGAUAGCGAGGAGGUGUACACCUUCAAAACCCCCAACAACACCCUUUGCAAGGACUUUGGGGAGCUGUCCACUGACUCGUACGACGUCCCCGGCACCCCUCUGUCCAUUUAUCAGAUUCCAAGGACAUUCACGCUGGACAAGAACCACAACACCCUGGGGGUGGCCUCCAACGAAACGCCCGCCACUCCCCCACCAAGGCCACCUAAACCAGGGCAGGCGGAGACACGGUGGGGCAGCCCUCAGCAGCGCCUGCUGGACAGCGAAGGCCUAGGCGUGGGCUCAGUUGCUGCUACCAUUCCCAGAAGGAAUACUCUGCCUGCCAUGGAGAACUGCCGGCUGCAUCGAGCUUCGUCUUGUGAAACCUAUGAAUAUCCUCAGCACAGCAGCAGCAGUGCAGUUCAGUCUACAGAGUCUGUGAAUGCUGGAUUCAACUCAUAUCUGCAAAACAAGGCGCCGGUGGCUCGCUCUCACAGCGCGGACUCGGAAGACAACUAUGUCCCCAUGAACCCAGGCUCUUCGGUCCUGAUCAGCACGGAGAGGUCAAACGACAACUCCCAGCACCUCUACAUCCCCAUGAGCCCUGGGCCUCACCACCUGGACUUGAUGGGCAUGUCCUCUUCUACCUUCCCGGUCCACAAAGGUAGCAGCAGUUCCCAGCUGCACAGGAGGAUGAGCGAAAUCCAGCCCCCGCCCGUCAACCGCAACCUCAAGCCAGACCGCAAAGCAAAGCCAACGCCUCUGGACUUGAGGAAUAACACCGUUAUCGAUGAACUUCCCUUCAAGUCGCCGGUCACCAAAUCCUGGUCUAGGCCUGGCCAGACCUUCAACUCCAACUUUUCCCAAUACUGUCGUCCCAUCUCCACCCAGAGCAUCACCAGCACAGACUCCGGAGACAGCGAAGAGAAUUACGUGGCCAUGCAAAACCCUGUCUCUGCAUCGCCCAUCCCCAGCGGCACAAGCAGCCCAGCCACGAAAAAGAGCACAGGAAAUGUCGAUUACCUGGCUCUGGACUUCCAGCCAAGCUCACCUGGCCCUCACAGAAAGCCCUCCACAUCCUCGGUUGCCUCAGACGAGAAGGUCGACUACGUACAAGUCGACAAGGAGAAGACGCAAGCUUUGCAAAGCACCAUGCAGGAGUGGACAGACGUCCGGCAGUCUUCGGAGCCCAACAAGGCGGUGAAGUAAUAGCCGGCGGAGGUAUACCAGGAUAAAGAGAGAGAGGAAAAAGAGAGAGCCUUCCAGAAGGGCAAAGACUAAAUAGUUCUGCCCAUCAAGGCACUGGGCCCACCGGCCGUCGUUCAGCAAGGACUGCUAGCGCCAAGGUCAACUAAGAAAGUUCACUUCAGGGGGGAAAACAUGGCUGACAACUGCUUGCCAGUGCUAAAGGAUGCCAGAGCUCCUGGUGGAUAAGUUAUCUGCAAAAUUCAACAUAGCAAUACUGGGAAUUUUGACGCCCUGCAUGCUUUCAGUCAUCACCAGACCCGCCUUGUAUCCACCGUUUUCUCCUCUUCUUCAAAGUACACCUGCCCCGAGCCAAACUGGUGCCAGUAUGGCAGAAUGCUGGGCUUCUGCUGGGAUCUUUGGGUCUCCCUUUUGCCUCCCUCUUCCGUCUCCUGAUCCCUUUAUAG